ACGUUCAUCUGCUUCUCUCUCUCAUCUCUCUUCUGCCAUUGUUCUUGCAUUUCAUCCGGUUCUGAGAGCGUCUCAUCGACUCUCUUACCCCGGUUUCUUCCGCGGUUUUUCCUCGUCCUGUGCACGCCAAGAUUUCCCAAGAAACCCGCUCGCUCGCUGCCCUUCAGAGAGCGAAGGGCGGUGCGGAAUUGGAGAGGGAGAGGGAUGGGGAGGAGGACAUGGCAGUGGCACGCCAUUGCGGCGCUCGGCGUCGCGUGCGCGGCCGCCGCCGCCGUGGCCGCCGAUAGGAGAGCCUUCUCGGUGACCUCGGCCGCCGGCGGCGGCGCCGCGGCGGCGGCGGCGGUGGUGGCGGCGACGCCGGAGGAAGUGGGCAUCCUUCGGAAGGUGGCCAAUUUCUUGUGGCAGACUGAUGGCAACUCGUACCACCACGUUUGGCCGGAAAUGGAAUUAGGAUGGCAAAUAGUGCUGGGAUCACUGAUCGGAUUCUUCGGCGCGGCAUUCGGGAGUGUGGGCGGCGUUGGAGGUGGUGGGAUCUUUGUGCCAAUGCUGACUUUGAUCAUUGGGUUUGAUCCAAAGUCAUCUACUGCAAUAUCAAAAUGUAUGAUCAUGGGUGCAGCUGUCUCAACUGUCUACUACAAUCUCAAGCUUAAACAUCCUACGUUGGACAUGCCAGUGAUUGACUAUGACCUAGCCCUGCUGAUCCAGCCUAUGCUAAUGCUUGGGAUCAGCAUUGGUGUUAUUUUCAAUGUUUUAUUCCCUGACUGGCUGGUCACAGUUCUCCUUAUUAUCCUUUUCCUAGGCACAUCAACUAAAGCUUUUCUGAAGGGUGUUGAGACAUGGAAGAAAGAGACAAUAAUCAAAAGGGAGGCUGCAAAACGAUUGGAGCAAACCAGUGAAGAACCAGAAUAUGCACCACUUCCUACUGGACCAGGCGCUGUAGCUGAUGCAAAAAGGCCAUCAGAUGAAGCGGCAUCACUUAUGAAGAACAUUUACUGGAAGGAGUUUGGCCUUCUUGCAUUUGUGUGGAUGGCAUUCCUUGUUCUUCAGGUCACAAAGAACUACACAGCUACUUGCUCCAGUUGGUACUGGAUCUUAAACCUUCUCCAGAUCCCAGUAUCAGUUGGAGUGACUAUGUAUGAAGCGCUGGGCCUGAUGAGCGGGAAGAGAGUUCUAUCGUCAAAGGGAAAUGAACAGACUACACUGAAAUUUCACCAGCUCUGCAUAUACUGCUUCUUCGGUAUCACUGCGGGGGUCGUUGGUGGUCUGCUAGGUCUCGGAGGUGGCUUUAUCAUGGGUCCACUGUUCUUGGAACUUGGCAUCCCACCCCAGGUUUCAAGUGCAACAGCCACCUUUGCAAUGAUGUUCUCAUCUUCAAUGUCUGUUGUUGAGUACUACCUGUUGAACCGGUUCCCAGUGCCCUAUGCUUUGUACUUUGUCAUUGUGGCAUUCAUCGCUGCCAUUAUUGGCCAGCAUGUGGUCAGGAGGUUGAUCAAUUGGUUAGGACGGGCAUCGCUCAUCAUCUUCAUUUUGGCUUUCAUGAUCUUUGUCAGCGCAAUUUCUCUAGGUGGAGUUGGCAUCUCAAACAUGAUUCAUAGGAUCAACCAACAUGAGUACAUGGGGUUUGAGAACCUUUGCAAAUAUGAUGCGUAGGAAGCCAUGCGUAAAAAGCAAGCAGGCUUAGAAGAAGUUAAUAAUACCAUAAUCCAUUUCUCUAUCAGCAUCAGAACCAUGUGGAAGGAGCAUUUCAAGAUUUGGUUUUCCAAUCAUGUGACCAGAGAGAAUUUGGUCGUGCAACAGCUUGGAGGGGAAAACUGCAUGGAUUAGAAUUCAGAUCAAUUUUGGAGCACAAAUAUACUGUUUUCUAGUCUUUAGUUUAAGCCAGUACAGCAUGUAUCACAUAUUCACAUUGUAUGAAUCUUCCUGACUCAGGUAGAGUUCUGCCAGAGAUUGCAUCAUCCUAGUCUCCUAGAUGGGCAUUUUGCUGUGAAAAACAUUCAUCACAUUCUUCAGAUGGAGCAUAGAUACCGUAAUGAUCAUCAGAGCUUCAGAUAACUGUGCUGUCAUUGUCACUUUAUGUACCAAUGUUUUGUGGUAAAUUACUUUAUUCGA